AUGCAUCGUAUCUAUGCUACUUCGUUCCUCACCAUUGUCGCUGCUGAUGGUGAAGAUGCAGAGUAUGGUCUGAGAGGCUUACGAGGAAUAUCAAAACCGAGAAUCAUUGACCAAAGGGUUGAGCCACUUGCUCAAGGAGAGAGACUUGUCUACUGGCCGAAGCAAUGGGGUGCUAAAGAGGGUACGAAAGGGCUCAUGUAUCACCAUCGCAUGUGGACGUCUCAAGAGUACCAUUUUGCCAAAAGACGUCUGAUUUUCGAAGACGGACAGGCCACUUGGCAGUGUAAUCACGCCCAGUGGACCGAAGAUCACCUCUAUAACCCAGAACAUGAAAGAGUACGGAAGAAGCCGACUGAAGAUUACAUGGGACAUGAAGAUUAUUUGAAAGUGCCUAGUUUGGAUCGCCUGAGCGACCUUAUUGGAAAAUUCAACUCGAAGACUUUGCGCUUUGGAGAAGAUGUGUAUAAUGCCUUCUCGGGAUAUAAUACCUAUCUAAACAGUAUAUUUCCACACGGUCUCGUAUACGGCCACCCCGAACUAUUCUUUGACAUCUCGCUAUGUUGGAAACCGAGCGGUUGUGUCCGAAGAAGAACAGCCUCAGCACGAUAUACUGGGGAUCCGCUAUGCACUGGGUUGCCUAGCUGGUCGUGGAUGGGUUGGGAAGGUCAAACACAUUUUCCCGACGAUGGUGAAGGUGAAAUAAACAUUCUUGGCGAAAUGGGUUUCACCGAAGCUGUCACCGAUUGGUACGCCAUGGAGUAUCCUGGGUCAUCCCCAAAACAACCCAUCCAUUCUCAAUGGAGCCAGUGUAGAAAAUCACCUCCUGGAUCAAUGACUGAACUAUGGCGAUGCGAAGAAUUCAAGCCCCCAGAAAUUGACUACAACAAAACCCGAGUCCAGAAGGAUUAUUCUGUCGAGCCCGAGUCGAUGCCAAAGGAGAUACCACAUCAUAUAUACCACUGUUCACUGAGUAAUACUCCUGUAUCGAUAUCACGAUGGUAUCCUAUACCGAUGAACGUAGGAGAAUCAGAUGAGCCACAAGCCGGGCUGCAUAGCGGGUUUCAGUAUCUAUGGUGCCAAACAUCUCGCGCAUAUCUAACAGUCACCCAAGAGAUUAUUGCAAGUGACGUGGAUGAAAAGUUUCACAUACUAAAAGAUCAGAGUGGCAUUACCGUAGGAGCAUUGCUUCUCCAUGACGAAGACGACGGGAAAUUGUUGCAGCAGGAAACACGGGUGGAGCUUAUAGCGAUUGCCAAAGGUUGGACGAUCGUUCUAAAUUGCUAUGAUCCUUUGGAAACUGAGAAUGAAACCCAAACCGAAUCAGAAUCGGAAGACGAAGAAACUGUGGCAGAAUCUAUAGACAAUCUGCAGAUGGAAGAGUGUGAUGUUCCGGGGAUACAAGAGCAGGACCCUAUUGCAUGGAUGGAAACAUGGGACGAUGCAAAAAAGAAUAAGCAAGACUGCUAUCAUGUACUGUGGAUCGGAUGGAAAGACGGGGUCGCUUACAGGAAAUCUUCUGGUUUUGUGCUGGAGGAAGAGUGGGAAAAGAUGGCAGAAGUCAAGAAAGUCGACAUUACUCUUGGCUGA